AACAACUUCAUCUCUGUGCUGUAUGUUGGUGACAAAAAAAAAUUGAAUAAAGUGCCAAAAGAGAAAACACUCAAAAAAAAAAAAGAAUUUUUUUUGUUAAACGUAUUUUUUUUCGUGGAGAAAAAAAAUAGUAUGUAUAUAUAUGUGCAUAAAAAAGGUGAAAAUAAAUAGAUCCCGUUGGAGAAUAUUGCAAGGUCAAUCAAUAGCCACGAAGUGUACAAAUGUGUUGUUUGCAACCAGCGGCACUCCUUGCGUUUCUGCCAGCAGUUCAUUAUGAUGCGGGUUCCAGCGAGGCGAAACGUCAUCCGAAAAUUUAAAUACUGCCUGAACUGCUUGGCCAAGAGUCACACGGUACGAGACUGCCACUCGAAGGACGUCUGCCGUAAAUGUGGUUACCAACAUCACACCAUGCUGCACCCUGAAUCGCAGGGAAACUUUCGGCCAAAUGUGCAUGGUCGACUGGCACUGCCCAGCGGAGAAGAGAGCCCAUCCCGGGAGCUGGUUCCGCGCAGAACCUCUCCGAAUCCUGCAUCGCAGCGGAACAACCGACGACCAAAUCGUCAACAUCGACCACCACAGCAACAACGACCACAAUCGUCACAUCAACCCCAGCGUCGGCAGUCACGCAAUAACUCCCAAACCUACACCCGUCGCCGCUACCGUCAGCCCCAGAGUGUCAAUAUUCGAAGCGUGGUAAUGCCCAACCAACGUCUCCUUUCACAGGCCAUAAAAUCUCUGGCGUCUGUGCUGUGUGUCUCCACAUCCGUUGCACAGGUGCAAGGCCGGGGCCAUGGACAAAUUCGCUGAAUUCGCCACAUUUAUAAAAUGAAUACCCUUAGUUUAAGAAUUGAACUACUGAAUUAUUGUGAAUUGUAUCAAAACAAAUUGUACUAGGUUAAGUAAAAUGAAUUGUACCCGUAGUUUAAGUACUCUCGUUAAGUUAAUCUCUUUUUAACGAAUCUACUCUAAAGCGCCGCUUACCCAGUCAAAUGACACUUAUCAUUAAGUCACUCUUGUAACUGACUCGCACUGGUAAGCAUCUCAUCUCUCUCUCAAUAAACCAAUAGUAGUUUUACGUUUUGUAACGUUUAUAAGAAAAUUACUAACUGGUUUUAUUUUCUCUUUCUUAUUUUCGCUAAUUAUUCCUCAUUGGCUAUGAGGAAUAAUUCAUCAAGCUAAAAUCUAUCAUACAGUCCACUCAGCACUGUUGGGAUAUCUCGUGCAUUAUUU